GCAUCCUUGUUUACAUGUGGUAACCGGGCAACAACCAGGAACCACAAACCGUCUCCGACCCUCGGUUCUCGGGUUCCUCUCGGGUUCCUCUCGGGUUCCGUCCAUGGCCGCUGUCCUCGUAGACCCGAGCCGGGCUCCGGUGGCCUUUGGCCGGCGAGGAGUCCCUCAGCUGUUCGAGGAGCUGCAGCAUCAUCCGGACUCCGGGAGGAGGCUCCGGGCUCUGGCUUCACUCUGCGACCUGGUCCACGACCCGGACCGGCUCUACCAGACCGUGAACGGAGGUUUUCUGCAGCAGCUCCAGGUUUUGCUGAAGGAUGAAAAUCCUCCAGUCAGAGCAAAGACGUGCGAGUUCCUUCAGCUGGUGAGCGACCACAGCAUCGGCAGACAGGCCCUGCUGGCCUCCUCCCUCCUCCCUCCUCUGUCCCUGCUCCUGGACGACUCCUCGUCCUCCUGCAGGAGGAACGUCCUCCGGGUCCUGAACCGUCUGGCUCUGCUGCCCUCUGGUGCAGAGUCCCUCCUGAGUCUGGUCCCCAAACUGAUUCUGAAGCUCAGGCAGCAGGAGGAGCAGGAGGAGGAGGAGGAGGAGGAGGAGGAGGUGCAGGUGCUGCUCCUCUCCACUGUCUCCUGCUGCUCCAGACUGGACCCUCUUCCAGCUCUGGCCUCAGACGCCGUCUCCCUGCUGGGACACAAACUGUCCCACCGAUGUCCCAGCGUCCGCAGGGAGGCAGCAGGAGGUCUGAUGGAGCUGAGUGUGUCUCUGGAGGGGAAGCAGCAGGUGUGUGAGCAGCAGCUGCUCCGGGUCCUGGUGUCUCUGCUCCAGGACCAGGACCAGGACUCUGAGGUCCAGACCAACGCUGCAGGAGUCCUCAUGAACGCGUCCAUCAUCACCACAGGGAAGCAGCAGUGUCUGGAUCUCAACGUCGUCCCCGUCCUCCUUCAGCUGCUGGAGGAGGAGGAGGAGGAGGGCGGGGGGGAGGAGGAGAGGAGGAGGAGGAGGAGGAGGAAGGCCCUGGUCCUCUACUCCCUCCGAGCUCUGACGGCCUUGGCUGAAGCUCCAGACGGACGGCGCCUCCUGCUGGAGCACCUCCCUGUGCUGGUGAGGAGGAGCGAGGCCCCGGAGGAGGACGGGGACGUCCGGCGGGCGGCUCAGACCGCGGUCAGGGUCGUCACCUGGACCCCCUGAGACCUGGACCCCCUGAGACCAGGACCCCCGACCUCUGACCUCUGACCUGUGAAGCUCAAUAAACUCCUGCUUGUUGUUCA